AUGAGGAAAUUUUUCAAGUACUUGCGUGACAUGAAAACCAUGCUUUGGUGUCACACCUUGGCUCUCCUCCUGGUAAAUGAGGAGCCAGGAGACUUCUAUCAUUGGAUGGUUUUAGUUGUCAAGCUGGCUAGACAGGAUGGGAAUAUGGGGAAAAACGGUGAGGGUGGUGGAACUGCUUUUGAGCGCAAGGUCAAUCAAACUGUGGUGUGCUACAUGGAAAAAUAUGAACCAGGGCGACGCGGCGGAGAUAAUUUUGGAGUUGAAGGUAUGAUGACGGCGCCAGGUAUAAGACCCCGCGCGGUAAUCAGAUUAUAUGGUGGUCUCUCCUUGCUACUCAAGUCCCCUACGACCGUCGCUCGUUUGCCUCUUUCAUCCACGCGUGCACGCAAUCUCCCUACCCUACUCUGGCGCCUUAGUCUUCUCAAACGCCAAUCUUCAUCCCAUUAA